AGUGAGGGUUUUCUUACCCAGCCUGCAGUUUUGAAGGCGUCAGUCCUGUCCAAAUCUGCACCAGUGGGGAAUUGGCCUCUGUUUGUAGUAAUGACACCGUGGAUAUACGUCGUUGAUGCAACUUGCUCCACGUCUUAUUCUCUCUUUAACUAGCGAAAGGUGAACUCUACAAUUAUGGAGUUUUGAAAGGGAAAGUGAGAGUUUGGGGGGAAAGGAGCCCUUUCCCCUCAAGUUUGAUGGUUGGACUGCUGGACAGGACGGUCAGAGGCUUUGAUGAUAAGAAUCGUUACCUUUUGUAAAUCAGUAGAGGAAAAUCUAUUUUUGCUAACAAUCAAAUUAACAAUUUUGUAUAAAACUCUGUAGAAUUUUUGUAUUUAUUGAAUUCUUAAUGCCAAUGUAUGCUACAAGCACCUUAGUUUGUGUUCAAUUCUUGGUCGAAAUGGUGGACUGAAACAAGUCUCUCUGGAGUCGCUAGGGUGCGGUGGAAACUCAACACAAGCACAAUUCUAGCACUCCAAGCCAUCUCGACCUCUUAUUGAUCCCUUUUUUUUAUAUAUGUACCUUUAGCCUCUUGGAGAGCAGCUAUAUUUUGCAAUUUUUCAUUGAGUUUAUUUGUUGGUGGUUGGCUGUCAGAAAAGACUUUUGCAAAACAUAAAGAAAGAGAGGGCUCUGUGAAAAAUCAGUGAAGGUCAGCAUGAGUCUUGCACUGCAGAACUGCACCCCCAAAUGCCGCUCACUGCAGCACGCAGAGGAUGUGGUGGCGGCACUGACGUGUCGCUCCGAAGCGCCGCUGCAGGGAUUCUUGUCUUCACACUGCCAGAACGUGGCAACCCUGCGGGAUGACUUUGGCCGCACAGCCCUGCACAUGGCGGCCUCAGUGGGAAAGAAGGCCGUGCUAGAGUGGCUCCUGGAUAGUAAGAGUGCUGACCUGAUGUUGAAGGAUAAGGAAUCAGGCUGGACCGCACUGCAUCGCAGCGCCUUUUACGGGCAGAUCCACUGUCUCAUAUCGCUAGUCAAGCAUGGUGGACUUCUGUACACCCAGGACAAGGAGGGUUUCUCUGUCCUGGACUUGACGAUGAAGGACCGACCAACACAUGUUGUGUUCAAAAACAAUGACCCAACUGAAGUAUACACAUGGGGAAACAAUACUAAUUUCAGUCUUGGCCAUGGUAAUCAGGAGACCCGGCAGCACCCGGAGCUUGUGGAUGCUUUUGCAAGGACUGCAGUUUACAUAAAGCAGGUGGUUCUGUGUAAAUUCCACUCUGUGUUCCUGUCUCAGAAAGGCCAGGUGUUCACCUGUGGCCACGGACAAGGAGGACGACUUGGCCAUGGAGAUGAACAGACUUAUCUGGUUCCUCGGAUGGUGGAGGGUCUGAUGUCCCACCACUGCUCUCAGGUUGCAGCAGCGAAAGACCACACGGUGGUUCUUACAGAGGAAGGAUAUGUUUACACUUUUGGCCUCAACACCUUUCACCAGCUUGGCCUAGCUCCACCUCCCACCUCAGCGCACGUCCCUAAACAGGUGUUCUCCAAGACGCUUAAAGGGAGGACAGUGAUUGGAGUUGCAGCAGGGAGGUUCCAUACAGUGCUAUGGACCAGGGAGGCUGUCUAUACAAUGGGACUAAAUGGAGGACAGUUGGGUUACCUCCUGGAUCCUAAUGGAGAGAAGUGUGUGACAGCCCCCCGGCAGGUAUCAGCCUUGCACCAUAAAGAUGUUACCAUAGCCAUGGCAGCAGCGAGUGAGGGAGCAACAGUAGUCGUUACUGAGAAGGGGGACGUUUACUUGUUGGCCGACUACCAGUGCAAGAAAAUUGCAUCAAGGCAACUCCACAUGAAGAAGGUUCUUGUCAGUGGCGGCAGUCUGGACCACCGUGUCGAUCCACAGCUACUGAAUGAGGGAGGAGGGGAAAAGGUGGUCAUCUUGGCAUUAGAUGAAGCUGGGAGGGUGUUCUGCUGGCGUUCUUCCGGCAGCUCGGUGAGACAGUGCCGGUGGGCGUACGGACGUCAGGUUUUCAUGUCGGACAUAGCUCUCAGCAAGAACAGCAUGAUGUUUGUGACUCAGGACGGGGAGGGUUUCAGUGGCUUGUGGGCUGGAGAAUAUAAGAAGUAUGGUGAGAAGAAAGAAGUCAGUGUGGAGGUUUGUGGCCAUUCAGAUGCGGUGACACUGUAUGAGAGAAUCCGCUUGGAGAAACUCCCAUAUGUCCACAGAGCUGUCACUAUCACCAUGGACUCAAAAGGUCGAAAUUUUGGAGUGCUUCAGGCAGACCCCAAAACAAGCCUGUAUGAGAUUCCCAGCAUUUCUCCAUCCUCCCUCUCCCAACACUUCCGGAGCCUUCUGGAUGAGGCAGAUGAAAUGGACAGCAUCCACGACGUAACGCUUCAGGCCGGCAAUCGCACCUUUCCUGCUCACAAGUACAUCUUGUCAAUGAGGUCAGAGUUCUUCCGGAAGCUGUUCAUAUCCGAGCACAGUGGGGUUGGUGAUGAUCUCGAUCAGGAAGUGAGGAAGAGCGAAGAUGCUGUGGGCUGCGACUUAAUCAUUUUGGAAAAAAUCCCACCAGACAUGCUCGAAUACGCCCUCCACUUCAUCUACACAGACUCCUGUGAGCUGCUGGUGCAAGGGGCCCGGCCAAGGGUCUCAGCAGCCCUGAUUGGACAAAAUCAGGAUUCAGAGCAGGAGAGGCUUAUCAGCAGCCUGCAGGACUUGGGCCUGAGAGGUGGUUCAGCCCUGGAGGUGUACCGCUCCCUUCCCCCUGCUACCAAAGAAGAUGGCAACAAGGCCAAGAGCAAGGGCUCCAAGCCUGGCAAGAAGGUGAAAGGAGGCAGAGGUGAAAAGGCGGGAGCCAACGAAAGAGGGGCCAACCCUGUGAAAACCUUGCAGGGCAUUGCAAAAAAGCUCGGCCUGGGCAGCCUUUCUGUGCGACUGGAUGGAGUCAAAUAUGAAAAUGGAAAAAUGUUUGUCAAUCACAAGAAAACUGGCAACAAACCCAAAUUCUGCCAGAGAAAAUGCUCCUACCUCUGUGAUGUUACUCUUAAAUCUGAAGACUCCAAAGAAUUUCCUUGUCACAAAAGUAUCCUCUGUGCAAGACUGGAAUAUUUCAACAGUAUGCUUGGAAACCCCUGGAUUGAGGCCACAUCCUGUAAUGCACUGGAGAUGCCGAUCAGUUCAGAGAUCCUGCAGGUCAUUCUCGAGUAUAUAUACACCGAUGAGUCUCCCACCAUCAAAGAGUCUCUGAAUUUAGAGUUUGUCUGCAGCGUUCUGGUUGUGGCCGACCAGCUGCUCAUCACACGACUGAAGGAGAUGUGCGAGGUCGUCAUCACUGAGAAUUUGACUCUGAAGAAUGCUGCAGAGCUGCUGGAGUUUGCAGCCGUGUACAACGCAGAGCAGCUCAAACUCUCCUGUCUCCAGUUCAUUGUGCUCAACAUGGCCGCCCUGCUCGAGUCAAAAGCUUUGGAUAUUCUUAGUGAUGAGGUGCUUGUGGAUCUCUCUGCAGCUUACAUUCGGAUGAUUCCAGCCAUGCAAAGGAGAGUGAUCACUCCGUUCAGUGGAGCUCCAGACCUCAGUGUUUAUGGAGAUGAAAAUUUGGACUCAGCCUUGAGACAUAAACCAGAGGAAGAACUGGAUCACUCCACCAGGGAUGUCCUGUUAAAGAAGGCAAAGAUGAAGGCUAAAAAGAAACCAAGGCGUCGGUCUGACAGCUCAGGGGGCUACACUCUCUCUCAUAUCAUCCAGAGCCCACCUGUUGCAGUGGUCCCCCAGAGCCUGGUGAAGACAGGCAAAGCAAACUCGACUGAGUCGCUGCAGGAGCUGCUCACAUCAGAUUCCGAGGGCAGCUACAUGGGGCUGGGCAGUCCCCGGGAUGUGCAGUCACCUGUCUUCCAUGACAGAGUUGAGGAUGAGAAGGCUUUCAUUCAAAAGCUGAAGACUCCACCCAGCACCCCAACGUCACAUGGAAAUGGCCUCUCAACUUCCCCCAACCCUGCUUCACAACUCAUCCCCAUGGUCCGUCCCAGCCCUGCUCAUCCACCUCCAGUCUUGGAUCUGAGAACCAUCAUGGACAUGGAAGCCAACUCUCUGCAGACACUUGGAGCAACUCCUAAAAGUCCUGGAAGUGUCAGCACCAUCAUGAAGCUCUCCCCCGUUCCAACUAAACUGUCCCAGAAGCAGAGGAAGAUGCUGGCCAUGGCCAACAAGGAGGCCAGUGUGGAGUCCACGGCUUCCAAACCAACCCCCACAGUUACCCCAUCCAAAAGCAGUGGGAAGGCCUGGGCUACAGCACUUCAGUCCCCUCCCUCCUCGUGCUCAUUUCGGGAACUGCUGGAGGAGGAGAACCGUCUAAUAAAAGUGGGACAAACUGGAAUACAACGGGCUCAAGGUGCUCCGGGGUCACCUGUCAUCCCUACACCUGCUGCCAGGAGGGUCACGUUUAAAUCUGAAAGCAACGAGUCAGAGCGAGCCCCUGGCUUCAUCCUGCAAUCUUCCGAGCAGACUUCUAGAUAUUAAACUGUGUGAGUCACUAUAGUGAAAGCGGUGAUGGUAAUCAGAAUUGAUAAGGGCAGACCUCAUGUCAAAACGAAUUAUUCAGAACAGAGCAGGUUUCAGGUUCCUCCUGGUAUUUGGAUAAGAUGGACGAGUUCAAGGCUAAGGAAGCUGCAGCAGCCUCGUCCAUGCACAUGUCAGGCUUCUGAGACACCGUUUCCAGAGAUUUAAGUCAGGUUUAAUAGAAAUAUCUUCAUAAUCUAAGCACUUUGAUUGAGCUCCAGCCUUUUUUUUUUCUUUCUUUUUAGUCUCCCUCAAUCAUUUCCAGAGAUGUCUCUUGGCCAGAUUAACGUGCACAUGUACAGAGUCUUAUUUUAUUUGACUUUAACAUGCGUCAUUGUGAUUGAUUAGAAAUGUUUAUGUCGCCAACUCGCACGUAGCAACUAUUAACUGAGAAAUCACUCUUAAGCAUGCGCAAAUCAGACUGUGGGGACCUCUUCAAUGUGACACGUCAUAUUUUACAUGUCAUAUUGAAUAGAUGGUGAGGAUGUCAUAGAACAGGGAAAAAAAGACUGGUGGUAAAUGUUAUAAGUAUUACUAUAUAACAUUUAUAGUAAUACUUAUUAUAAUAUUAUUACAUUAAUAAUAGGGCUGCAUGAUAUUAGGGAAACAAACUUCAAUAUAUAGGUUUGAAAACUAAAAAGUGGUGCUGUCAAAGGCUAAACAUUUUAAUCAGAUUAAAUGUUGUGGUAACAGAAAGAUAAAUGACAGAGGGCGGAUAUAAACAUUUAACAUUUGUUUUAAAAGUACAAAUGAUAAGAGUUUUUAAGAUUGAAAAAUAGAAUGAAAUCAAUCUAAAAUAUACCACACCAUAAUUAAAUGUGGCUGUCUCUUUGCUAUGCCUCUGAGCAAAUAUAGGAUGAUGUUAUUCAGGCUCAUGUGUUUGGUUAUGAAUCAAUGGUGUCGGAUCAUGUUUGCUUGUUGCUCUGCUCACUUUACCUCUGAGUCCUGACUGUGAGCGUCACGCCUCGUGUUGUACUGAGCACAACAUGUUGACGAGUCUUUUUCAUGAUGUUUAAAUGCAGCCCCAUAAACUCUGGAGCGAAUCAAACAAACACUGAGUUACUUCAUGUACUCAUCAGGUCCUGCUAACUAGUGAUGAGUGUUUAUCAAGUGAGAGCAGACUGGAGGACGAAACAGAAAUUCCAACUCGGUACAAACCAGCUUCUGCUCAGAUCAUGACGCAGCGGCACUGAGCAGCUGAGAUCAGAGAAACUCUGUGUUUCACAUUCAUAUAUUAACAUUAAUUGUGGGGAAAAAGUGACAUAUUUGGAAACCAGUACUGUUAUCGUGAAGUAAUUGAUCAGAACCAUGAAUCCUUUAUCCAUAUUUAGAAAGACAUGUACAGUGCAUGCACUGAAGUCCAAAGAUCCUCCUUAUUUCCCCAAGAGGAGGUGUAUGUGUGAAUGCAAUUGUCCAAUGAGAGAUACUGUAGUUUCUGCUGACUUUAUCCACCUGGCCUUUGGGCACGAGGUUUCAGUAGAAACCUUGACGCCUUCUUUUUCGACUCUACUUCUUCUGCUUCUUCUUCCUCUGCUUCUUUGUUUUCUUGU